GAAAACUACAUCAAUAUUGAAGUACUAGUCAAUACCUUGAGACAGACAAAAAAUUUCCAGACGCAACAACACGUUUUAUUGUGUCUGGCUGAUUGCAUAGUCAUUAAUCAGGAUCAAAUGCUUCACAACAUAGUUUCUAUAUUUACGUUCAUGGGUGACAGUUUGUUACAAAAGGAUGAUUUAUAUACGUCCCAAGUAAUGACAAAAUUGAUCGAUGUCAUUUUAUCUGCUGUCAGACAACUUCCUGAAAAUUCAAAAAAAGUUGAUGAAAUUUUGCUUGACGUUUUUCGAGUGUUUGUUGAUGCAAGGAAACACAUUUCUCAACAUAGAUUGAUUCCAUUGUUCAAGCAGUUGGUUGGCUUUGAUCUUGAUGAAUGUUUGUGGAAGUUGCUAGUUUUGGUAAUUGAAUCAAAUGUCAGACGGAGAGAUGCUACAAUAGUUGAUCUGAAGGGUGCAACAACAGAUAAACAGAUGCAAAAUGUUGAUCUUGACAUCAUUGCGGUUUUAUUAUCCAACUACACAGUUGAGACUCAAUUGAAAACAAUGAACAAACUGGUAAAGUUUCUUGAUGAAUUUAUAUCGAUCCUAGUAAAAAGUGAUUCUUCAAUAGCUAUUGUUGAUUCAAGUAUCAAAAACUUUCCUCAGUUGUGCCGAAUGUUAAUAUUUAAUCUCAAUAAAAUUAUUUUAUCUGCUGUUGCUGACAAAGAUUUCAUAAUGGAAUUCUUGUGUAACAUGGACAAAGAGGUUAGCAACAAAGAAAUUGAAAGUUUGUUCAAAGAAUUGGUUAAUAGAUUCAUCAUUUAUAUGCUGAAGAUAACAGAGCAGCAAAAAACUAAUAUAUCUGAAAAAAUCUAUGAAAAGUAUUAUUUUUCUCUUAUGAAAAUCAUACACAACACUCUUGAAAAAAUUAAUUACCUGAUGCCUGCUCACUUGUUUGUUGAUGUUAUGGAAAGUUUGUUGAAUCACGAACAAGCUUCUGCUCAAUGCCAGGCUUUAGAGUUGAUCAACUCUAAACUGCUUCAACUGGAACACAGCCUUUCACUUCGCAAGUCAUUUGAAUGUGGACUAAAGUUGGUUCCAUUACUUAUUAUAUCACUGGAAAAAGAGAAGAGCAAAUUAGAUGCAAUUUAUUUGAAGUAUCACAAACAGUUGUGCUUCAUGAAUUUGAAAAUGCUCUGCAGAUACUAUGGACCUGAAAAUAUGAACGAAUUUGAAUUACUACCUGAGGUUAUCAACAAGAUUUUAAUCAGACAAGAUGAAGCCAACCCUGCUCUAAUUGAUAGUUCGCUCUUAUGUUUGGUGGAUUUAAUUCCAGUGCAAAAAAAUAAGUUUUUUCCACAUCUGAAGCCCAUGAUGAUCCCUUUCAUGAAUCUCUACAACAACAACCAAAUCCUUAAAAGUCCAAUAUCCAUACAGUGUGUGCUGAUGGUCAUCAGCAAACUGAUCCAACAUCUGGGUCAUUUCUUGGGUCCAUACUUAAACAACAUAGUUCAAAUGCUUUGCACUGUUUACACUCAAGAUGAUAUCAAACACCAGUACUUAGAUUAUUUAAUGAAAGUUUUGAGCAUGUUAGCCAAGAAUAUUGACCUACGAUUGUUUUUGCCAUGUAUAGUGAAAGCGUAUGAAGAGCUUGUGAAUAAGAAUCCACGUGGUCUUUUCAUUUUAUUCAAAUUGUUUCAUGAUUUAAUGGAAAACGCCACCAAAGAAACCACAAAUACAUACCUGAAGAUGAUAACCGAGGUUGUCUUUUUGUUCUCAAGCCUCAGAGUUGAUGCUUCAGUUCUGAAAAUGAAUGAAUUAAUGGAGAUCGAGAAUAUUUACACAGAUUCAAUUCUCUCAUUCGUCGUCCAUCUGUCAGAAGUUACUUUCAGACCAAUACUGCUAAAAUUUUUCAACUCUCUAGACGACAAUGUUGAUAGAUUGGUAACUUUUUACCAUUUAAUUUUCAAAUUAUCGCGCAAGCUGAAAGCCAUAUUUAACAUUUUCGUCAGUAUUCUUAUAAAACAAAUGGCUGAUAUCCUUGUUCAGCAUGAUACAAAGCUAACUGGUGAUGAUAAUGUGACGGAAUGCAAAACGAAGUUACUGGUAAAUUUUGUGCUGGACACCAUAAGCGAAUGUUAUUUACAUGACGUUGACAGUUCUUUGUCGUCUGGGACGGGAGAUGCCCUGUUUAAACCCUUAAUUAGUCAAAUGGAAAAUUAUUCUGGCAAUGAUUCACUGUAUGAAGAAACGAUGACGCACCUGAUUCCAUGCAUUGUUCAGCUAAUGCUCUCCAUAAAGGACAAUGACCAACUUUUCAAUCUGCACAAGCUGAUUUGUCAACAGAUGAAAAACUCAAACUCCAAGGUGAGAAUGUCUGCCAUUCGAACAAUUAAAGAUGUUGCAAGUGGAAUGGGUUGCUCAUAUGAACUGCUCUUUCCAGAAACAGCACCCUACCUAGCUGAAUUGUUGGAAGAUGAUUCUGAAGACGUU